AGCUUCCUGCUUGUGGCCACAUUCACAUCGCCAUCGCCGUCGAGUUGCUUCAUCUGCUGGUUCUGGAGCGCCGUCCAGGCCGUUGCAUGUGAGAUAAAGGCGUCGGGCCCUCGACCAUGUUGGUGCAUCCAGCCACGGCCCCUCCAAACACCAUCGCCUGCAGACUCUUACUCUUAGCUGGAUGAUUCCGUCGUCAAUGGUGCAGCCUGUGUAACCGCCCGCUCCGUCAUAAAACAUCCCAGCUGAAGAGAUCCAUCCUAUGCUUUGUAGGAGAGCGCCAUGCCGUCGUUACCAGCCUCCGUCGAUCUAGACGAGUGCAUCUCGCGCCUCUACAAAAAGGAACUCCUGGCCGAGUCCGUCAUCGAGGCAGUAUGUGCCAAGACAAAGGAGCUUCUCAUGCGCGAGAGCAACGUCGUCCACGUCAAGGCGCCAAUCACCGUUGUCGGCGACAUCCACGGUCAGUUUUACGACCUCAUCGAGAUCUUCCGAAUCGGCGGCUACUGCCCUGACACCAACUACCUUUUCCUAGGCGACUACGUUGAUCGUGGCAUGUUCAGCGUCGAGACGAUAUCGCUACUCGUGUGCUUGAAGCUCCGAUACCCCGAACGCGUGCACUUGAUCCGCGGCAACCACGAGUCGCGCGGCGUUACGCAGUCGUACGGAUUCUACACCGAGUGCUCCCGGAAAUAUGGCAACGCCAACGUGUGGCAUUACUUUACAGACAUGUUUGACUUUUUGACCCUGAGUGUCGUCAUCGACAACCAGAUCUUCUGCGUCCACGGAGGCCUCUCGCCCUCCAUCCACUCCAUCGACCAAAUCAAAAUCAUAGAUCGCUUUAGGGAAAUCCCCCACGAGGGGCCCAUGGCUGAUCUCGUGUGGUCCGAUCCGGAUCCCGACCGAGACGAAUUCUCGCUCUCGCCGCGCGGCGCGGGCUAUACGUUUGGCGCGCAGGUCGUCAAGAAGUUCUUGGCCGUCAACAACAUGUCACAUAUCCUCCGGGCCCACCAGCUCUGCCAAGAGGGCUUCCAGGUGCUCUACGACGACCGACUGAGUACUGUGUGGAGCGCGCCGAAUUAUUGCUACCGAUGCGGCAACAUGGCCAGUGUCCUCGAAGUCAAUACGCAAGGCGAGAGAUUCUUCAACGUGUUUGCCGCGGCGCCGGAGAACGACCAGCACAAGGAUAUGCAGCAGGGGCUGGAGAAGACGGCGGAUGGAAAUUCGCUGCCAGAUUACUUCUUAUAACAGAAAGAGAAAGACCUGCCGGAGUUGGAUCAUACUGAAAUCAUCAUAAACAUGUAUCAAUCAAUGUACCUUGCAAACAGUUGUGCAGAGCUUUGUCAUGAUAUAGAAUUGCGGGCUAUGCUAGAACACAAAGGCAGAUGUUGCA